AUGGCGUCCCAGACACUCCCGCCUCUAGGAGGAAAGGUGGACCUUUCAAAGAAACUUUCAGAAUUGCGGUCAACGAACCGACGAUCACAGACCGCUUCAUCUCGCGACCCAACCCCGAUAACCCCUCCUUUGCCUUCUCCGCCAGACCUCUCCUCCCACCAGUACAUUCGCCCCGUUCGCCGCAUUCUCUCUCCAAAAGAUCACGAUACAUUCCUCACCUCCCCCACCUAUAAACUGGUCUUAGCUUUCAUAUUCGGUCUCUCCGAUUCAGUGAGGGGCCACCCCAUUCCCGAACAAAACAAACCGGACUCAGAUGCCAUCUCAAAGGUCCUCCAAGUCGUGGGGCAACUCCGCUCCCUAGUAGAGAAGCACCCAGCUCUGGAUCAGGGUGGAUCACGAUUUGGAAAUCCUGCGUUUCGCACACUCUUCGACGAUGUCGCUGCGCAGAGCCCAAAAUGGCACACCGGCAUUCUCGGAAUGAACAAUACCGCCGCCGUCGACGAGUCAUCAACAUACCUAAUCAACUCGCUCGGCUCCCGAGACCGACUAGAUUACGGCUCUGGCCAUGAGCUGAACUUCAUGAUGUGGCUACUUAGUCUUUAUCAGCUGGGCUUAUUGCCCGCUACAGACUUCCCGGCCGUGAUAUUCAAGGUCUACCUCGAGUAUCUGCAUCUCAUGCGAGACAUCCAGUCAACAUACUAUCUCGAACCGGCAGGUUCACACGGAGUCUGGGGUCUAGACGACUAUCAUUUCCUGCCUUUCUUAUUUGGCGCCAGCCAGUUAGUGGAUCAUCCAUAUGUCACGCCGCUUGGAAUUCAUAACACGGCUAUGCUGGACGAAGAGGGAGAUAGAUAUCUUUAUUUGGAUCAGGUACGGUGGGUGGAUAGCGUCAAGACAGUGAAGGGGUUGCGCUGGCAUAGUCCAAUGCUGGAUGAUAUUUCUGGCGCAAAGAACUGGCUUAAGGUUGAAAGUGGUAUGAAGAAGAUGUUCGUCAAGGAGGUUCUUGGGAAACUCCCUAUUAUGCAGCAUUUCUUGUUUGGGAGCCUUUUGCCUGCUGUAGAGGGCAUGGGUGAGCUUUCUGGGGAUCAUGAGGAUGAUGGUCACAAUUGUGAACAUCAUGAUCAUCCACAUGGGCCACAUCAGAAUACUGAUUAUUUUGGCGACUGUUGCGGUAUCAAGGUUCCCAGUACGAUUGCGGCGGGUGCGGAGAUGCGGAAGCGUAUGGGAGGAUCUGGAUUACGACCGAUUCCCUUUGAUUAA